GCUCGCUUCCUCUUUUCUAAUUUGGGAGGUUUCAUGUUGAUGAAAAUCGGGGUGUUGGCCGCUGCAGAGACCCCUCACUCGGUGGCCAUGGCGCUGGGCGGCAUUCUCGGGGCCCGCUCUCCGCCUCCCGUUCUGUGGGUGCUGCUGGUCACAGCGUCACUGUCUCGGCCGGCGCCCUCCUCCGCGGCCAGCUUUGAGCCCCUGCAGUGCGAAGGGCCGGCCAGCACCCGGGACAGCGGCUGCCACGCUGGACGGCACCUGACGGGCUCCAGGGAGGUGGACUUCCAGGCCAAGAGCUACGUGUUCAGCCGGCCCUUCCAUCUGAUUGUGUCCUACGACUGGCUGAUUCUGCAAGGCCCAGCCACCCCCCUGUUUGAGGGGGACCCGGUGGCUCUGCGCUGCCAGGCCUGGCAGGACUGGCCCCUGACGCAGGUCACCUUCUACCGCGACGGCUCGGCUCUGGGCCCGCCGGGGCCUCGCCGGGAGUUCUCUAUCGCCGCGGCGCAGAGGGCGGACAGCGGGCACUACCACUGCAGCGCGGUCUUCAGGAGCCCUGGCCCCGGGCGCCCAGAGACGGCAUCCUCCUUGGUGAUCGCGGUCCAGGAACUGUUUGCAGCCCCCGUGCUCCGGGCCGUGCCCUCGGCCCAGCCCCGGGAGGGAGGCCCGCUGACCCUGAGCUGCCGGACCAAGCUGGCGCCGCAGAGGUCGGCCGCCCGCCUCCUCUUCUCCUUCUACAAGGACGGCCGGGCCAUGCGCGGCCGGGGCGCGUCCCCGGAGCUUCAGGUGCCCGCGGCCUCGGCAGGCCACGCUGGGUCCUACUGGUGCGAGGCUGCCACCGAGGACGGGCACGUGUGGAAACGCAGCCCCAAGCUGGAGGUCAGGGUGCAGGGUCCCUCGAGCUCUGGGGCGCCGCCCACCUUGAACCCGGCUCCUCCGCAACCCUGGGCUCCAGGGCCGCCGGCUGCCAAGCCCUCUGGGCCGCUGCCCCCACCGCCCGGCCCUCCCUCCAAGGGUGCCGGCCUGCCCUCUCCUCUGCAGGCACCUGACCCCCACCUGCACCACCAGAUGGGGGUCCUCCUCAAACAAAUGCAGGACGUGAGAGCGCUCCUUGGUCACCUGGUCUUGGAGCUGAGGGACUUGUCCAGCCACCUGAAGCCGGAGACCAGGAAGGGCCCUGCCAAACGCCAGUGAACCUUUCGCCUGUGGUGUUGCUCCGCCCCCAAUAAACCGCACUCCCCUCCCUC